AUGACCGACCCACGGCGGGUGUUGGAUAUCGGCACUGGGACGGGACUCUGGGCACUAGAAUUCGCAGAUGAAUUUCCUUCCGCAACUGUCCUUGGUGUUGAUCUCAGUCCAAUCCAGUCACAAUGGACUACACCGAAUUGUUCUUUCAUGGUUGAUGACCUUGAAAAAGAAUGGGCUUACCCGCAGAAUCGCAGAUUUGACUACAUACACCAGCGGAGCAUGUCUGGUAGUAUUGGAGACUGGACGGCAAUGUACCGACAUGCAUUGGACUCCCUAGAGCCUGGAGGUUGGUUAGAGAUUCAAGAAUUUGAAGUAUGGUUCUACUCUCAGAACCCUGCAGGUCUGCCCGACGACUCGGCCAUCGCUAAAUGGCAGAAACUCAUUGAUGAGGGGAGUGUCGCGCUCGGUCGACGUCUGAACUAUGCAGCGCAAUUCAAGCAUCACCUCGAAGAAGCCGGCUUCGUUGACAUUCAGACGCACGUCAUCAAGACUCCGAUAGGUACAUGGCCUAAAGAUCGAAAGCUUCGAGAGAUAGGAGCAUACCUUCGGCUUCAAAUGCAUGAUGCGGUGGAGGCAGUCACGCUGGGCUACCUUACACGAGCGCUCGGAUGGUCACAGGAAGAGGUCCAAGUGAUGCUAGGAAAUGUGAGGAGGGAGUUCAAUGAUAGACGCAAACAUCUAUAUACGUACUGCUGGUUCAUUACGGCAAGGAAUCCAGAGGGAUUCUACGUUUCUGGUCAGUGA